AUGCUGUCCCUGUUUGCUGCCACCGAAAGCGGCGACUCCAUCUCCGCCUCGACCGACGACUCGUCCAACCUCGCGUCGUCGAGCUCGACUCCCCCCACGACCGUCACCGACAGCGACAGUCUACACUCGGACGCCUCGAAACACGAUGUCAUCACCGUGAUUGACGACUCGACCGUCGUCGCGGUCGCUCCCGCCCUGCCCGCGUCCGACGUGCCAUCGCCGCGCCGGCCUCAGAGGGCACGAGCAAGCCUGCCCGUCUACAACCUGGCCAAGCUCAGCGGCACCAGCGCGCAUGGCAAACGCCGGGCCAAAGGCGACAUCGUGGCCACUCGCAGGCGCCGGACCAUUGCAGGCACCACUGUGACGCCUGGCGACGCCCAUGUCGGUGCGCUGGGCCCGGCGUCGACCAACAUUGACGCGUUGAAUCUCGAGGCUUCUCCCAGCAAACGCAGCACGCCGCGCCCGCAACGCCUGGCGCGACCAUCGCCACGCUCGCUGCGGUCCGUGGCGCGUCUCGCCGGCCCAAGCGGCGGCGCGAGUGCCGGUGCGACGCCGGUAUCGUCCAUCACGGCCAAGCUCUCUGCUGCCAAGCGCGGGCGCAAUAACAAGGUUGUUGGUAAGCCGGUCAAACUGUCCCGCGAGCUGCGGCGCCUGCAGGACACAAAGGAGUUUAACCACAUUGACGAAAAACCCGUCAUCCACAGCGUCUGGUCCAAUGGCAAAUAUGUCGACCCCAGCCAGGCCGUAGAGCGCCAGCCGCGCAAGAGGGCAAAGGUCGAGGUGGCGGCCGAGAUCAAGGUCAAGGAGGAGUCGGAGGAGCCCGUCGCCCAGUCCAAGAAGCGGAGGGUCAAGAAAUACCUCUCCAAGGGUCUCUAUUCAGGACAAGAAGUGACACAGGACAUCACUCGAGGACUGACAGCGAACGAGAAGAAGCAGCUGGCGCAACUGCCCGAGCUCAUGCCCCGCAAGGAGAACAAGGUCAUGCCCGCGCCCAUCUUUACGGGCUUUCGAGUCUUGUUGACUGGCCGCGAUUUCAAGCUGCCGUUUCACGUCUGCAACCCGCUGCCGCCCGGACAGCCCAAGCCAGAUGAGUGGAAGAAGAUGACCAAGAGUAUGUGCUACAUCUACAAACAAAUCACGCCCACACGAGCCGCCCCUUUUGCUAACUGCCAUGCGCCUCUAGACCGAUUCAUUGGCGAAUCCAAAGAAGUCUGGAAAAAGAUGCCACACAUUCUCGAUUAUCAGUCCAAGUGUGUGUGCAAGCCAGAGGAUGGCUGUGCCGAGACGUGCCAGAACCGAAUCAUGCUCUACGAAUGCGACGACACAAACUGCAACAUUGGCAAGGCCAAAUGCACCAACCGUGCCUUUGCCGACUUGACAGCCCGGCGAGCCAAGGGCGGGAAAUAUCGCGUCGGCGUCGAGGUAAUCAAGACGUCGGACCGCGGCUAUGGCGUCCGCAGCAAUCGCUGCUUCGAGCCUCACCAAAUCAUCAUGGAGUACGCAGGCGAGAUCAUCACCGAAGAGGAAUGCGAACGACGAAUGAAUGAAAUUUAUAAGAAUAACGAGUGGAUUGUCUCAGGGCAGCCCAGAAUGGCUCUCUUUGCUGGUGACAGGCCCAUCAUGACGGGCGAGGAGCUCACAUAUGACUACAACUUUGACCCUUUUUCGGCCAAAAACGUCCAAAAGUGUCUCUGUGGACAGCCCAACUGCCGAGGCGUGCUGGGACCCAAGCCCAAGGGAAUCAAGCCCAUCAAGGACAAUAUCAAGGUCGCCACCAAGGGCAGGGGCAGGGGCAAGGGCAAGGGAGGAAAGAGAAAGCUCAACGAGCUGGCUGGGAACGAGGAGAACGUGGAGCCCGGUUCCAAGAAGCGCAAGAUGCAGCAGCCAAAGCCAAAGCCCAUCCGAACUCUCAAGGCCGUCAAGGCAUUGCACCCUAUCAAGGCGCUCAAGCCCACCAAAACCUUGAAGCCCGUCAAGGGGCUGAAGCUCGCCAAAACUCUCAAACCCAUCAAAGUGGCCAAGACCAAGACUGCCAAGGGUCCAAAGCCCAAAAAGGCUGUCCACUCAACAAAGACUGCCAAGAGGGCCUAUUCAAAAGUCAGCAUCAAGAUCAAGAGCCCGGUCAAGGCCAAGCGUCAACAGAAGAAACAAGAAAUCAGCGCAUCAAUCACCGUCAGCGCAGCCACCGAAAUCACUGCCGUUGUCUGA